AAUGCAUAGUUGUAUGGAAACAGACAAACAAUCUUCCAUGUUUACAGUAAAUCAUGAAAGUUUCAAGAUAACGAGAUUCAUUGUCACCAAUUAGCGUGGAGCAUGAACCAAUUAGACUACAAUAUCCAUGGAUGUAGCCUAAUAUUUUAUAUCAUACUGUAAUGCUUCAUCAGACACUGUGUCUAUGGUCCCAAAUACUGUACCACCUUUUCAGACUAUUUAAAGUAUUGACAGUACUGCACUGUAGAGAUGCAGGCCCUUGGAAUUGCUUGUCCAAUUCUGCCAACUCGUUACUGAUGAUUGAGGGCACAUUGUGGAAUGAGUAUAUAAAGAGUUGAUUGGGAUCCAAUUGCAAGAGCAUAGUGAUACGUAACAUGGAGCCAGCAGGUGAUCCAGGUCACAAUGGAGGUCAAGCAGUGGUGGGAGGAAGACGAGGAAGACGUGUUGGUCAAAGGAAUGGUAGGGGACAGGCAGCCCUUCUGAGAGGUGGUCGUGGGCCUCGUUUGAGAGGUGUGGGGGAACGUGGUAGAGGACAGGCACCCCUUCUGAGAGGUGGUCGUGGGCCUCGUUUGAGAGGUGUGGGGGAACGUGGUAGAGGACAGGCACCCCUUCUGAGAGGUGGUCGUGGGCCUCGUUUGAGAGGUGUGGGGGAACGUGGUAGAGGACAGGCACCCCUUCUGAGAGGUGGUCGUGGGCCUCGUUUGAGAGGUGUGGGGGAACGUGGUAGAGGACAAGGCCACGGACCAAGACAGCGGCAGCAACAGCAUAGAGUGUCCAAUGAAAUUCGGGCAAUAGUUGUAGACCAUGUCAUAAAUCAUGGCAUGACAAUGACUGAGGCGGCUACAAUGAUACAACCAAACCUGAGAAGGUCAACCGUGGCCUCAAUAAUCAGAACUUUCCGCAAUGAGAACCGAAUUGUGACUAGGCCAAAUAGUGGAGGCAGAGGCAAAAUUCUAACUGACCAGCAAGAGCAGGCUGUGGUCGAUUUGGUUCGGGCCAGAAAUGAUAUUCGCCUUAAAGAAAUUCGCCAGCAUAUCUUGGACAAUGAAGACAUGUUCAACAAUGUGGGAUCCAUAAGUUUGCCGACUAUUGCACGCAUACUGAAAAGGCACCAGGUAUCUAUAAAACAACUAUACCAUGUGCCUUUCGAAAGAAAUGCAGACAGAGUGAAACAAAUGAGGACUGAGUAUGUUCAGAGGGUGAUGGAGCUGGAUGCUGAUGACGACCAUCACAAAUUCAUAUAUUUGGAUGAGGCAGGUUUUAAUCUGGCCAAGACAAGGAGGAGAGGUCGGAAUUUCAUUGGCCAGCGGGCAACCAUCCAAGUACCUGGACAACGUGGGGCCAACAUUACCAUGUGUGCGGCUAUAUCAGAAGAUGGUGUGGUGGGACGCAGACCUCAUAUUGGACCAUAUAAUGCAGCUCUCCUUGUCACCUUUCUUGAUGAGCUCGAACAGGUUUGUAGAGCUGAAGGUGUGACCUAUGUCAUUGUCUGGGACAAUGUCAGGUUCCAUCAUGCUCAUGUGGUGCAAGCAUGGUUUCAGGCCCAUGCACAAUUUACCACCCUGUAUUUACCCCCAUACUCCCCCUUCCUUAACCCGAUUGAGGAAUUUUUCUCCGCAUGGAGAUGGAAGGUUCAUGAUAGGCACCCUCAUGAACAAGUCACUCUUCUCCAGGCCAUGGAUGACGCCUGCAAUGACAUCACAGCAGACCAGUGUCAGGCCUGGAUUCGCCAUGCCCGAAGGUUUUUUCCAAGAUGUUUGGCUAAUGAAAACAUCCAUUGUGAUGUAGAUGAGAACCUGUGGCCAAAUCCACAACACAGAGUUGAUGACAAUGUAGAAGUACAGUAAUCACUGCUGUUUUAUUUCUUACAGUGCAAGCAAGUUGAG